AUAAUUGUGCACAAUCCUAAACCUUCAUGUAUUUUGAAACAGAGGGAGUAGUAAUUAUAAUACUGUCGUUUUUAAUAGGAAAAAAUAUUUAAAUAUCAUGGAUAAAUAAUUGAAAUUUAUUUAAGAAGUGGUUUGAACUAAUUAAAUAUCAUGUGACAAUUUGUAGGAAGAAAUCUUAAAAGAUGAAGACGCACUUGUAUGCAAUAUUUUUUCAGUUAAAAAUAUAACAUCAACUUUAAGUUUUAUAUAAAUAUAUAUAUUAAAAUAAUUUUAAAUAUAUCAAAUUUGAAUAUUUAUAUAAUUUGAUUAUUUAUCAGGUAUCGAGUAGAGUUGAUUGUUGAUGAUUUUUUAUAUUUAUAAAUAAAGAGAUAGCUGCAUGCAAGAUAAUAUUGUAGUACAUGUAUUUUGCAAUUGUAAGACAGUUUUUAUAAAAGGUUAUUUUCUAAAGUAUGACAUAUUUGUUUUCAUAAAAUGAGUUCAUGUGCUAUAUCCAAUGGAGUCUUUAUCUUGUAUUAGUAAUAACAUAUGUCAAUGAUAUAUCUUUCAUGGAAACCAAAAGUUUAAGAAUAUGUAUCACUCUGUAUCUUUUAAGUCUACUUGUUUUAUAUGUCAAUAAAUUAUCUUGUAUUGAAAAUCUGAUAUAGAUCUUUAAAAAUAUAAAAUUUAUUGGAGAAACAAUAAAAAGAUCACCACUUAAUUAAUUUGUAUUUACUUUCAAAUUAAGAACCUGGUAAUAUUUUAAUAUAUAUAUAAUAUUAAUGAAUCCAGUAGAUAUUGAAAGUAAUAAUUUCUUGGCUAAUUGGUAAUAUUCCAUUACAUUUCUAGAAGAUCAUGUUCUUGAUAAUAUCUUUCUUGCAUGUUUCAACCCAAAUCUCGUCCGCGUCCUUCCAAUUCUAUAUAAAAGAAAACCCAUUUAGUUCUAAACCAUAACGGCCAAUCUUUUUUCUCAUCCGAAGAAAAAAAUAUAUUUAAGAGAAGAAGAAGAAGAAAUGGCGUCUUUGAAUCCUGUUUUCUUUCUAGUAUUCCUCUUAUUGACAACGUUCUACCACCUUGGUGAGGGCCGUGCGCCCCAUACAUUUCUUGUGGGAGGAUCAGCCGACGGAUGGAAAGUUCCAGAAUCAUCCAACAAGACUCGACUCAUCCAUUGGGCUGAGACCCAAAGAUUCCUAGUAGGAGACAGUCUCGAGUUUAACUACGAUAACAAGACAGAUUCCGUGUUACAAGUGACAAAAGAAAACUACGAAAAGUGCAUUACAAAAGAGGCUUCGAAAACAUAUACUGCGACACAAACCAUCCUGAAACUUAAUGAGUCAGGUCCACACUACUUCAUCAGUGGAGAUCAAGGUAAUUGCGCUAAAGGUGAAAAAUUGAUCGUGGUGGUUGAGUCACCUGGGCACCCCAUGCCCAAGCCCGUACCCGCCCCUGCUCCACUAACUCCUUCAAAACCUCCUUCUUCACCGGCACCUCCUACUUCACCGGCACCUCCUACUUCACCGGCACCUCCUACUUCCCCGGCACCAACUCCGGCCAACAACACUGCCGUUGGGUUGGUUGCUGGAAGUGGCAUCUUCUGGACCUCUAUUGCUGUCAUUGGGCUCGCUUGGGCUUAAACCUCUAUAUUAGACGAUGAUCUUUAUUAUGCGACCAAAUCUAUGUUCUAGAGAAUAAUAUCAUUAAUGAUUAUUUGAGUUUAUGUCAUAUUUGACAUUUACUAAUAAUUAAUUUGCAACAUUUUUCUUCUUGUCAACAAAUUUAAUUUAAUAAUACUGUAUCAAUUAUUUUCCUAGCAA